AUAUUUUUUUUUUUUAAAUGAAAACAAAAACAGAAAAAGGAAGAGUUAGAAUUUGCUUUCGCUUUCUCGAUCCCUCUCUCUCAAAAUCGCUGUUCCUCUCUCACCCACCGCCACCGGCCGCCGCUCUCAAUCCCUCUCUCACUGCUCUCAAUCUCUCUCCCUCACCUCGCCGUAACGCCGUUCAAUCUUCCGCCGCAGCCGCACCACUGCUCAGCUCACCGCGCCGCACCACACCGCACCGCACUCACUCUUUCUCUUCGUCUCGUUUCAGAAACAACUUUGUCUUUUAAAUAUUAUUGUAUCUAGAAAUUUGGUUGAUAAAAUUCCCUCCAAAAUUUUGCCUAGGCUCUCUAAUAUUACUGGAAUCGCCACUGCUGUCAGCCAGCCGCUACUUCUUUCUUCUUCUACUUCUUCAGAAUUUUUUCCACCACUUUUCCCUUCUCUGUUUCUACUUUCUUCACAAUUUUUUCCUCACUUCUCCCUUGUUUACUUCUUUUAUUCCCAUAUAUAAACAUACAUCUUUAAUACUAAGUUAGAAUUGAUUUUCCUUUGACGCGAAGCUCCAAUUUGUGGCUUUAAGGUGACUCGCGUUUGAGGCAGAAUUCACUUUCCAGAGAAUUUAUUUUGCAAGUUAUCCAAACAUGUGAGAAUUGGUUCAAAUAGCUUCUGCAGUUGGUAACUUGCGUUUGGGGCUUGAAAACGCCAAACCAAACAGACACUUCAUCGCUCUCUCUCAACAACUCCAACUUCAUCGCUUUAUCUCCAUCGAUCUCUCUAACUCCAAAUCGAUCUCUCUCUCCCUCUCUCUGAAGAUUGUUUUCUGACUCGAUUUUACUCUCUCCAAACUUGAUCUAUCUCUGUUGUUGCUUUGUCACAAUAUGUAUAACGGAAUAGGGUUACAAACUCCAAGAGGGUCUGGUACCAAUGGCUACAUUCAGAGCAACAAGUUCUUCGUCAAGCCGAGAACUUCCAAGGUUGCUGAGAAUAUGAAGGGCUUUGAAGGAGAUCAGGGUACUGCUGGUGUUUCCAGAAAGGCUAACAAAGAGAUUCUUGAGCAUGAUCGUAAGCGUCAGAUUCAGCUCAAACUUGUUAUUCUUGAAGACAAGUUAAUUGAUCAGGGUUAUACUGAUGCUGAGAUCGCUGAGAAACUCGAGGAGGCUCGCAAUAGCUUGGAGGCUGCAGCUGACGAAAAUGAUUCUAAUUUGGACAAGGUUUCUGAUACACAGACUCAUCAAAUUGCUGCUAGAAAGGAAAGGCAGAUGGAAACAUUGAAAGCUGCUCUUGGCAUAGUUUCAUCUGAAGCUAAUGAAUUAAAUGCAGAAGGGAAUGAUGAGGAGCCUGACAAUGAAGGGAAAGAUGUUUCUUUUGCUGAUGCAAAACAUAUUCUGAAAUGGCACUGCAAGAUUCCUUAGCAACAUUGUUGUAGAAAAAUCUAUGCUUAAUUACUUGAGCUGCUGAGAAGUCUGCAAUCCCAUCACAGAUUGUCUUGUUCCUGAACACAAAAUAUUAGCACUUUAUAAAACUCAUAUUAGGCUUUGGAUCAUGCUAAGCUAUAAUGAAUGAUUUAUAUAUUUACCUGUUUGGUGAAGUUGAAGCAUAUUCAAUGAAACCUUCAUUUGGAUCAA